CCAUCGUUGCAUCGCAUCGGGUGGAAAAAGCUGGUAAAACAAAAGAGUAACGAAGGAUAACGCGUGGAAAUGAGAUAAAGAUAAAGAUAAUGCUAGGGAGCCAAAAACGAAGGGAGACAAUAGACUGUCGGAAUCUGUGCGUCGAGUCAACGGUCUUUUGUCUGCGUUUCACGGCGUUCACUAAGGCGUCACGGUGAACAGAAAGAAUUGAGAUCCAGGAGAAAAGUGUCACGUACGCGGCAACCGCGGCGAAGAAUCGUUUUUUAACGACCGAUCAUCGAAGUCCAUCCAUUGAAAGAAAGAGUAAUCAAGAUCCAACGCUGUAACAGCUUACUCCACAGCGGAAUUCGUGGCGGAAUCGUUCUGUAUUCAAAUCUACUAGAACUUCAACUUCAAUUGGCAGCUCUCCUUCACCUAAUAGUGACAUUAGAACCACGUGACUUAAGAACGAGUACGCAGGCGCAGAUGAUCGAGCAGGCGGUUUACUGCCAAUUUCGCACGUGUGUUCAAAUGAAUUUAGUUGCGUUCCAGUAGUUUCCAGUAUCUACAAAGGAUUUAUAGUACUGCCAUCAGUUUCGGUGAUCGUAUCAAGAAACUCGGUGAAUAAUACGGAACUGCGAAACCACGUGAAUCGAUUAUUAGUUUAAGAAGAUGGUGUCGUCAACAAUAAUGGAAAAUGGGAAAUCCAUCCCAUCAAGGAAAUCUACUACGGGUAUUGGCCCAGGCAACUAUCGUUUAGUUGGUUGGGAUAUGGAUACUACAGGCAAAAAAGUUAUAGAUGAAAUAUGCCAAAUAGCUGGGUAUACACCUAGUUCUUCAUAUUCACAAUAUGUAAUGCCAUAUAAAGAUCUUAAUCCUCCAGCUAUAAAAAGGCAUAAUAUGAAGAUAGUAACUAUUGGCAAGUUUCGUGUACUUAAAGAUAGUACAACUAAUAAGGCAUUAAAAACUAAAAGUGAAGUGUCUGCAUUAACAGACUUUCUAACAUGGCUUUCCUCUAUAAGAGGAGACGCAGUAGAUGGUAUCAUAUUAGUUUAUCAUGAACCACGUAAAGUUAUUCCUGCUAUGUUAAUUGAAUCUUUAAAGAAAUAUAAUCUUCUGGAAAAAUUUAAAGAAAUUGUGAAAGGAUUUGCAAAUGGGUUUAAUGUCGCAGAAGUAAAAUGUGCAAACACAGUUCGUGCAUAUACUCUUAGGACAUUAUCUCAAAGUUUAUUUAAUCGAGAAAAUCAGUUAAAUAAUGCAAGAGACAGAGCAUGUUUGGCUUUACAAAUAGUACAACACUUGAGUUCACUAGAAGUUACAAAAGGAAAUGAAACAGAUGGUAGUGGUGAUAGUGAUAGUGCCAUGAAAAAUACUGUUGAUUUCAUUAGAGAAUUUGUUCAGCCAGUAGAAAUGGAAGAACAAGAAUAUGCAGAAUUAAAAAUAGUAUUUGAACGUCAAAAUACUUUAAGACCUAUUUUUGGGGCCCUAUUCCGUGUGAAUCGUCGAGAACGGCAACAUGCUAGUCCUUUACGUCGAUUGCUCGCCGAAGCAGGCAUAGAAUAUUCUCAAUUACAAGAAGCAUGGAAUAAUGGAAAGAAAGAAGGUUUAGAAAAAUUAAUUAAAGAAAAAUUAACUUCAACUGAAGAAAAGAAAAUCGAAGAUUUAUUGAUCGUCCUUGAAGAUCAUUUCGAUCCUAAUAAGAAACCCAAAUUAAGAAUAUCAAGAGAAAAGAAUCAGAUAAAGAUGGAAAACUCUAUGAUUAAUGAGGAUAAAGAAAAUAAUAACAAAUGUGAUUCAAGUAUCGGAAGUCCGGAUACCACUACUCCUAAUUCACCGCUUAAAAUUAAAUCCGAAUCUUCUGAGAGUAGUACAAUUAUAGCAGAGGAAUAAGAACUAAACAGUUCACUUCUUUUCUUCAGUGCCUUUUAACUAAUUAUAAGAUCAAUAUUGUUAUCAGUAACUGAGUUUAUAACCAUUCCGUUCAUUCUUAUCAUAACGUUAUUCUAGUGUGAUAAAGUAUGAGUGUUAUUUGUUGCAGUAUUGUAUUUAAGUUUUUAUUUUCGUUAUAACAGAGUAUAUAUUGUAUCCUUGAAGGAUAUGAAACUCGACUUAUUGCUAGUUAACAAAAACAUGUACAAAUAACACAUUAAUUAUUUUUUUAGUUUAUGAUAAAGGAAUAUUUAAUGUUCGUUUUUUUAACGGUUAAUUUUAUGCUCAUUGAUUUUUAUUUAAUCGGAUUAACGUUUAACGUUGUAACAAGUGAUUGUUUAGAGACUGUCGAUAUAGAAAUAUAUUCGGACGCUAAAGAUUUUUGUUUUUCAUCAUUCUGAGAUUACCAUAAAAUAUUCUUUUUUUUUACUUAAUGUUAGUAAGAUUUACGUAUAGAGUACAGAUAGUAAUAUUUGAAGAAAGAUAUAAUAUAUUUUUGUACGCCAAAAGUUUAAUAAAAUGAAUCAUGCAUCAUGAUGUUGCAUUUAAAAGUUAAAUUUUGUUGUACUAAACAAUUAAAUAAAAACUUUAAAUUACAA